AUGCUAAUUUUUUGCAAUAUAGGAGACAGAGGCAGUCCAGGCUCCAGAAAUACUUUUGCUCACAAAGAGUCCCGCUCACAGGCGCUACCCAAUUCCGACAUCCUGCAAACCAUCCAUAUUAUCACCCCUACCUACCGCCGGGCAAUGCAGAAGGCCGACCUCACCCGUCUAGCCAACACUUUGCUCCACGUGGACAACCUGCACUGGAUCGUGGUGGAGGACUCACAGAAGAGAACAGCUCUGGUUAGUCAUCUCCUCCAUGAGACGAAACUCAAUUACACGCACCUCAAUGCGCAGACACCGCAGAAGUUCAUUACUCAUGGCCGCCCAAAUUCGAAGUUCCCAAGGGGGACCUCACAAAGAAAUCUGGCCUUGCGGUGGCUUCGGGAGACGUUCAAUGUAAACAAACCCCAGACAGGCAUCGUCUACUUUGCAGAUGAUGACAAUGCUUACAGCCUGAAACUGUUUGAGGAGAUGCGAUCUACCAAAAAGGUCUCCGUGUGGCCCGUUGCAUUUGUUGGAGGCCUUCGCUACGAGUCCCCCAAAGUGAACAGCUUGGGAAAGGUGUAUGGCUGGAAGGUCGUAUAUGACCCACAUCGACCCUUCGCCAUUGAUAUGGCUGGCUUUGCAAUAAGCCUGCACCUCAUCCUGUCAAAGCCUCUGGCAUAUUUCAAGCUAGAUGCAAAGGGAGGUUACCAAGAGAGCAGUCUGUUAAUGGAACUGGUCACCCUCGACGAUCUGGAGCCUAAAGCAGAAAACUGCACUCAGAUAUUAGUGUGGCACACUCGUACACAAAGGCCUUUACUGGUAAAUGAAGGAAAGAAAGGAUUUACUGACAUGAAUGUGGAGAUAUGA